CCUAGGGUUUCGAGUGCACCGGUGAGAAAACCCACAUCAGACAACUUGCCGUUAACUUGGCAUAAAUACGAUGGCCUCUCCGGGAAAUAUAACGGCUGCAGAGGACAUAGAUAUGAUGCACGGUUACUAUAUGAUGUUUGGCACCGUGACUCUAUUUACCGGAUUGAAUCUCGUCAUAACCAGACUUGGUACCCCAAAGACAGUUCGCGAAGACCCAUGGCGCUGGAAGAAUAUCGUUAUUUCAUGGAUUCAUGCAUUAGUUUGCAGUAUAUGGGAUAUUACAUGUUUAAUAUUGUAUCCAGAUCUAUUUGAUGACCUGAUUCUUAAUUCAAACUACAUCGCUUUUCUUAUGAUUCCAUUUUCAACAGGAUAUUUUCUAUAUGAUUCCAUUGAUAUGCUGAUCAAUAAGAAACUACGUCAGAAUUGGGAGGUCACAAUUCAUCAUAUUGCUGUGGCAUCCAUGUUUUGGUUUAAUUUCCAUCAGAAGAUAUGCAUUGCGUAUAAUGCUUUGGCAUUGAUGGCUGAAAUAAACAGCUUCUUCUUGCAUUCACGGAAGUUAUUACAGAUGAUCCAGGUAGACUAUAACUCCACAUUUUAUAAACUAGUGUGCCUCUGUAAUAUUGUGACAUUCACUCUAUUUAGAGGCUACUCCAAUGUGCGAAUAGUGAUUGGAAUGUUCUUAGAAGCCGACAGAGUCCCAAGAUUUUAUUUCAAAUGUCUUACAAUGUCGAUGUCAUGUAUGACCUUGAUUAACGUUGUCCUGUUUUGGAGGUUAUUGAAGAGUGAUUUCCUUCGUAAGCGGGUAAAAGUGUCAGGGAAACUCCGCUGUGAAAUCAAAAAAUGCUGAGAGAAAUAUGAAUGGUGAUCGUCAUAUGGCACAUAUGAAAAAGGAAUGAUAUAGAAAUUUGAAGUACAGGACUGGAGAUUGAAUGUGCUGAGCUGUGAUCAAGUCUACAAAUGAAGAGAGGGCAAUGAGGUCAUAUACUUAAAUGUAUUUCAUGUAGAUUUAUCAAUAAGUUAUAACUUACCCAUAAAGAUGAGUUCUAUUAUUCCCAGUAUAACAAUGAAGUAUAAAGAAUGGAGAAUAGUCAUAAUUUGUUGUAUGUGUUUGCUGUGAUGUAAUCAUAUCUUCAGUAUUAAUAUUAUUUGUGUAAAAUUCAAAUCUUGGUUUGAUAAACAGAUUUUCAACCAAGCAUAUCUAUUGUUUUCCUGUUAAUUGAAAUUUCCAAAGUCAAAUUAGAUUUUUUUUUUAAAAACCAAAACUAAACUUUUUGAAAAGUUUGGUGUUGAACAAUUUAGAUAAGAAUAUUUUUGGUUUUUAAUUUUCUUAUGAUGUUUUGUAGAUUCAUAAGAAUUUUACAGUUCUUACCAGGAAGAUAAAUCUUUAAAGUAAAUAACAUUUAACACGGCUAUCAUCUAUUUGUUAUGUACAUAUAUAUCUAAAUUUAUUUCCAUUUCUUUAUUUUAGUGUAAUAAAUUUUUAAAACACUUGCCAUAUAACUAACUCUGAAGAUUUGUUCCAAAUCACUAUAUCAAUCUAAAAUUCUUGUAAUAGUGUAAUAAAUUUGUAAAAAUUUUCAGAUACUAACUCUGAAGACAUGCUCGACAUAACUAUAUAAAUCUCUAAUUAUUUGUUUUAGUAUAAUAAGUUUACUUAAAUAUAAAAACACUGAUGUCAUAUGUUUAGGAUAUGUUACAUGAUUUGAAUAUGUGAAUACUUAUGUUUGAUUAUUAUAGGAAAAACUGUCUUUGUCAUCUAGCACAAGACAGGUUGAUAUCAAUAUUCCUGAAUUUAAGAAUAUUCCUUAAAAUUUUCUAUAGGAAAGCAUGAACAUAAUUUAGGGAAGCUCCUUAAAUAUGCAUUUUUCCUUAAAUCCGAGAAUGCUUUUCUUUGGAAAACUUUGUGUUAAGGGAUUUUGUUUAGUUAGGAAACAUUGAUGAAACCAGGGCCUGGUCGGACACUAACAUAAUGGUCAGUAUUCAUUUCUGAUUUGAUAGUUUUUAUUAAAAUUGGUUACAAUUAAUGAUAUAAUGGGUUAGAUAAGCUCCCAUGUAAUUCAAAGUAUGUAUCCAUGAGCCUAUAACACUGUCUAAGUAUUGUCAUAAAUCUCUUGCCUUCAAGAAAAAAAUGUUAGUCUGUAGCUAGAUGAAUAAUUUAAUAGAUAAGUUAAUUUUAUAAUACAAAAUCACAUCUAUAGACUAUUUCAUAAAACCAAAACCUUCAAAAUGCUUUUUUCAUUGACUAAUUUUGCAAUUAAUGAUUAAAAAAAGUAAUAGUUAAUGUAAAAAAAAAGGUAAAAUUGGGAGUUUCCCACAGAAAUAGGAAGGGCUGGUCGGCUGUUAAUGUUGUUCCCUGUUGUAGUCUUGAAGAAAAUAAAUUUUCAGGAAUUAUAAUGUUAUACAGCAAUAUAAAACCAUGACACAUCUUUAAAAUCAAUUUUGAAAAUUAUAUUUUGAUAUGUUUUUACUGAGCCUUUCUCCUUUACUGCCCUUAUUUAAAUAUCUUGGUACCAUGAAGUCUGAAGAUUUUGAACAUGAGCCCUGUCUGUACUUAUUUGAGUCUUUUUUUCUUGUACGUCAUGUAUUCAAUUAAAACUUGCAAUUUUGUAGGUUAAUCAUUCAUGUUUUUAUCAAGAAAGUAAUCGAUUGAAAGCAAAAUUUUAAAAGUAACAAUAUUUCAUCCUGGAGGAAGCUUGAAAAUCAUAUCCAAGUUAUCUGCCCUUACUUAUACCAUUGUCAUCUGAUUACCUCCCCUUGGUCACAAUCCGCUGUUGAUGCUUCAGUAAUUAAAGAGUUCAAGUAUAAUAUUGUUUUCCUGGGCAAACGGAUGGAAAUAGGCCAGUUGAAAGAAUUAUCUGUUACAUUUUAAAACCUUUCGCCUUAUUGGAACAGCCACUGUCGUAAAGGUUUAAUAUUGGGUAAGGUAAUUUUCAGUGUUUUACUUACACAUCAAGCGGAUAUGGUGGCAAACAGCUCGCUUCAGAACAAAAGCAGGGACACAUAAUCAAACAUAACAAGCUGAUGGUUAAUAGUUUAAUACAGGGUAGGACUUAUAUUGGUGAUGCAUAUAUAUAAGCUAGCUGUGUUGUAGUCGUAUCUAGUGCUGUGUAAAUAUAAUGUAAAAUAUUACUAAAACAUAACUAAUCUACUUCUCUCAUCAUACUCUACUUUAAUCUGCUGCUAUCAGUUACUAUAUAUUUAAUUAUUACUUUGGCGAGCGACUUGGGACAAAUUCUCGACCCAUGUGACGGCCCAUAUAUAUGUAUUACAUGUGUACUAUAUGAUAUAUACGUAAUACAGAUAUAGACCAUUGACUGGGGAAUGCUUGCAUGAUAUAGUACAUAGACUGUGGCUGGGAAGUUGAGCCAAUUCCUGGUGUCUAUGGUCUGAAUUCUUUGACAUUAGAAGUGAGCACUAAACAUGGAGGAUAGAUAAUCUCCCUUGAAUUGCUUCUGAAGAUUUGAUUUCUUCGGACUGCUGCACUGUUAACAUUAUUUUUCACUUUUUUCCUCCAAUUUUUUGAUGACAAUGUUAUGACUUGAUAAGAUUCUUUAUUAGAAAUGAUUGUAUGUAAUGGUUGAUAAGGAUCAUUGUUGUGAAUUCACGAACAAAACCAACUUAUUUUCAUUGUUAUGUUUGAAAUCUUUUUCUUCAUUUGUUUGAGAAUAUGAUGUUUAUACAUGUGCUGGACAAAAGAUCUUGUACCACUAAGGACUGUAGAUGUCUCUUUUUUUUUUAUUUACUCGCAUAUUAAUGUCUGUAAAAAUGAAUGAAUGGAGAGAAUUACGAUGAGGAGCUAUAUGGUAUGGUUUACAUGAAUAAAAAAGUUAUUUGUGUACUGUACAUGUAUGUGAAGAGUAUUUUUAAGUACUUGAAUGUAUCUUCUUUUUCAAAAUUUUGUGUGUAAGAUUUAAAGUUAAUUGUCUAAUUCUAUUUUCUAGGCAUAACUAUGUAGAUUUAUGUGUUCUAUUUGUAUAUACCAAGUUUUGUACAAACUUACCAGUAAAUUAUAUAUUGCUAUAUGAUGUGUGUGUGCUUAAUUAUCCAUGUUUAUCAUUUACUAUUAACCAUAUUUUUAUUGUUAUUUAAGAUAAAACAAAACCAUUUUUGUAUCAAAAUACAUUAAACGUAAAAAGCAUAGAGUUAACUGGUAAUUUGCUUUUUGGGUAAGAUACAUUUUCAAGAGACAUUUAUUAAUAAUAAAUGGCUCUAAUAAAAAUAAUUUAUUUCUUGAAUAGUCAUUUUCAUUCUUUACAAAUAUCCUUGUGCCAGUAAACUGAUGAAAAUAGUGGUAUAUUAGAGUAAAGACAAUUUAAAUGUUGAUCCAUUAAUAUUUUUGUAAAGGUACCAUACGCAUUUAAUAUAAUAUGUCACUAUUUCUGUUUGGCCGUGAAUGAUCUGUUAACAAUAUUUCCCUUCUACGACAAGCAGAACAAAAGAAUGAUAAGAAAUAUUCUUUCAUUUUGAAAAAAAUCUGCAAUUUCAAACAAGGUGUUUGAGUCAAUUUGGCUUCUUUACAUAAACAGUUUUAUUAUUGGAACAGGAGUAAAUUAUUCACUUUUAGGGUUAUAACAUGAAUUAUUUCAAGGCACACUUAAGAAGGGUUAUCCUUUUUAUUUUAUUUUCUGCUAUUACUAACUAAAUAUUUUGUACAUUGAGUAAGUUGCGACUUCCGCCUCCAUCCGAUUUACUUUUUCUAUAUAUGCAUAUCCCUUCCCUAAAUAUAUAGGCCAUAUAUAACAUCCCUGUUUUGUAAAAAAAAAAAAUGAAAAUUAUAUAGAUAUAAAAUUAGAUAUGUUAAUUGUAAUCAUGUUACAUUUUUGUUUGUGCAUCUAAUGCAGUUUUUGUAUGUAAAUUUAAGUCAAAUUAGUAUUUUUCAUUAAGAUGUAUUCAUUUCAUGCUGUUUUCAAUGAGAACAAAUAAAAACCAAUCAAAUUUAGCCUUAUUAAAAUCAUAAAGCAAUCAAAUUUCGCCUUAUGAUUGGUUAAUUAUUUUUGGGUCAAAUAUGAUGUAAACCAAUCAAAUUGGACCUUACUGAUUCAUUAACCAAUCAGAUAUACUGGUACUCUGUAAUAAUGUUACCUUAUAUAGUUCUAAUCCAUUUUGUGUCUUGACUUUUAUUCUUAACGAAUCCAAAUUGGCUGAAUUGUAUCUACCAUUAAAUUAAAUAUGACAUAGAUAAUUUUAUAUUGACAAUUUUCAUUGAACCAAUCAAGGCUUUUAAAUAUUUUUUCUUGUUCUGGUACACACACAUUAGUUUCAAUACUUAUGGUGUGAAAUGUAUUUAUAUUUUAACCAUUGAUGGUAUGAGUAAUAUAUAAGAUACGUACGAGUACAU